GAGGCUCGGAGCCCCGUGUCAGGCGCCACGGCGCAUGCUCCGGAAUCAUCCUCUUUACCCUGGAGCUGCUGCUGCUGCUGCUGCUUUUGCUUUUGGGGCUGAGUUUAAUAAGCCAGCGAGCGAGCAAGCGAGCGCGGGGGGAAAAAGGCAGAGAAUGUCCGCCAUCUACCCUCCGCUCCUGGGCGCGCUCUCAUUCAUAGCAGCCUCUUCAUGAAUUACAGCUGAGUGGGGGCGGAGGAGGGGGGUACCACACAACACCCCAGCAAACCUCCGGGCCCCCAGGCAUGGCUAGCUCGUGUGCCGUGCAGGUGAAGCUGGAGCUAGGGCACCGCGCCCAGGUGAGGAAAAAACCCACCGUGGAGGGCUUCACCCACGACUGGAUGGUGUUCGUGCGCGGCCCGGAGCACAGUAACAUACAGCACUUUGUGGAGAAAGUCGUCUUCCACUUGCACGAAAGCUUUCCUAGGCCAAAAAGAGUGUGCAAAGAUCCACCUUACAAAGUAGAAGAAUCUGGGUAUGCUGGUUUCAUUUUGCCAAUUGAGGUUUAUUUUAAAAACAAGGAAGAACCUAGGAAAGUCCGCUUUGAUUAUGACUUAUUCCUGCAUCUUGAAGGCCAUCCACCAGUGAAUCACCUCCGCUGUGAAAAGCUAACUUUCAACAACCCCACAGAGGACUUUAGGAGAAAGUUGCUGAAGGCAGGAGGGGACCCUAAUAGGAGUAUUCAUACCAGCAGCAGCAGCAGCAGCAGCAGUAGCAGCAGCAGCAGCAGCAGCAGCAGUAGUAGCAGCAGCAGUAGCAGCAGCAGCAGCAGCAGCAGCAGCAGCAGCAGCAGUAGCAGCAGCAGCAGCAGCAGUAGUACCAGUUUUUCAAAGCCUCACAAAUUAAUGAAGGAGCACAAGGAAAAACCUUCUAAAGACUCCAGAGAACAUAAAAGUGCCUUCAAAGAACCUUCCAGGGAUCACAACAAAUCUUCCAAAGAAUCCUCUAAGAAACCCAAAGAAAAUAAACCACUGAAAGAAGAGAAAAUAGUUCCUAAGAUGGCCUUCAAGGAACCUAAACCCAUGUCAAAAGAGCCAAAACCAGACAGUAACUUACUCACCAUCACCAGUGGACAAGAUAAGAAGGCUCCUAGUAAAAGGCCACCCAUUUCAGAUUCUGAAGAACUCUCAGCCAAAAAAAGGAAAAAGAGUAGCUCAGAGGCUUUAUUUAAAAGUUUUUCUAGUGCACCACCACUGAUACUCACUUGUUCUGCUGACAAAAAACAGAUAAAAGAUAAAUCUCAUGUCAAGAUGGGAAAGGUCAAAAUUGAAAGUGAGACAUCAGAGAAGAAGAAAUCAACUUUACCGCCAUUUGAUGAUAUUGUGGAUCCCAAUGAUUCAGAUGUGGAGGAGAAUAUAUCCUCUAAAUCUGAUUCUGAACAACCCAGUCCUGCCAGCUCCAGCUCCAGCUCCAGCUCCAGCUUCACACCAUCUCAGACCAGGCAACAAGGUCCUUUAAGGUCUAUCAUGAAAGAUCUGCAUUCCGAUGACAAUGAGGACGAAUCAGACGAAGUGGAGGAUAAUGACAAUGACUCUGAAAUGGAGAGACCUGUAAAUAGAGGAGGCAGCCGAAGUCGCAGAGUUAGCUUAAGUGAUGGCAGUGAUAGCGAAAGCAGUUCUGCGUCUUCACCCCUGCAUCAUGAACCUCCACCGCCCUUAUUAAAAACCAACAACAACCAGAUUCUUGAAGUGAAAAGUCCAAUAAAGCAAAGCAAAUCAGAUAAGCAAAUAAAGAAUGGUGAAUGUGACAAGGCAUACCUAGAUGAACUGGUAGAGCUUCACAGAAGGUUAAUGACGCUGAGAGAAAGACACAUUCUGCAGCAGAUCGUGAACCUUAUAGAAGAAACUGGACACUUUCAUAUCACAAACACAACAUUUGAUUUUGAUCUUUGCUCACUGGACAAAACCACAGUCCGUAAACUACAGAGUUACCUGGAAACAUCUGGAACAUCCUGAGGAUACAAUAACUGGAUGCAUCAAAAACUAUCUUUUUUUUUUUUUUGGUUGUGAUUUUUUCGUUGUUGUUUAUAUGGAAACACUCAGAAUGAUGCAACCAAAAGGGAAAAAAAUAAAAAUCAAACAACCUUCAGCUUUAUUUUUCUUUAAAGCCAGUCAUCAUCUCUUGAUAAAGGAGAGGUUAAAGCAAACCAGCCUCAGCGGAUCACUCUUCUCUCCAAGGAAAUCCCCGGGAAGAGUUAGCCUGGAUAGCCUUGAAAACAAACAAAUCAAACACAACACAAGAAAACUCAAAGAAUGUGUAUGGUAUCAUGUAUCUCUCUGUGGUGGUUCAUUCCACAGAACAAAUGCAUAUUCAACACACUGCCUUAUUACAUAACUGAUCUAUUUAUUAUCGCAUACAGAUAUUCUAAAGUCGUUGAGGGAAUGACACCAUCAGACAUUCUAAGUACUUGGUCCCGUGGAUGCUCUUUCAGUGCAGCGCUCUUGCCAUCCCGAGCCCAGUGACCUUACUCGUAUACUGUGCCACUUUCCACCAACUUUUUCCAAGUCCUUUAACUUGUUGCAGUCUGUAUUUUCCACCUUUCAUUUUUCCAGUUCCAGGACACAGAUUAUCAACUGGGGGGACCAAAUAGCCACCUUGAUUUUCUUCUUUGUGGUCUUUUUCCUGAAAGUUGGGGCCCAGUCCUUGGCUGUAUCCAUGUAAUGAUCUUGGACCAUGGUAGAAAAUGCACCAAAUAGGAUCAUAUGAAUUGCUGUCUAGCCUUAGUCAAUAAACUUGUAGGACUUUUAAACAAAAGUGUAUCUGUAAAUGUCCUGAAUCCAGCAUUGUUGAGCUGUCAUCAACAUUCUUCUGUCUGUUUUACUGUUACAAUAUUAGGUGAAUAUGGAAGUAAAGGCAUUCCACAGGAUCAUCAUAAAAAAAAAAAAAAAAGGAAUUCUGGUCCUGUUUUCUAAAAAGAAAAGUUGUAGAAAUUCUUAAUUUGGAUCUAUUUAUUAGUAAGAGUUUCAGCUUUCGUCAGCUGCCAGUGUGUUACUCAUCUUUAUCCUAAAAACAUGGAAUCAGAGAUUUUUGUUUGUUCAUAUAUGAUUCUCUUAGACUUUUUUAUAUUUGAAAAAAUUAAAAUCUUUCUUUGGGGGAAAAUUCUUGGUUAUUAUGCCAUAACAGAUUAUGUAUUAACUUGUAGAUUCCGUGGUUCAAUACCUGUUUAGUCGCUUGCUAAUGUGUCCAGAAGGAUUUCUUGUAUUGGUGAAAGAUGAUUGGGGAUGGGGGGAUAUUUUUGUUCUUGUUAUACCCUUGUUUUCAAACUAGAAAUCUGUCCUGUGGCAUGCAAAAGAAAGCAAAUUAUUUUUAAAAGAAAAAAAAAAAAGUACUUUUGGCGUCAUUAUUCCAUCUUCUCCAUAAGUGGAGAAAUGAAAAAUAAAAACAGCUCAUCUUCCAAGGUUUUCCUAGAAAUUCAACUGAAAAGAAGAGCAAUGAAGAAAUACUUCUGGAUCCAAAGGUUCGUCAUUGGGUCAGCCUUAAGAAAGUCUCUAUGUGUGCUAAUAGACCAGUAUCUCCCUUAUUUGUCCCCAUGCCAGAUGCUGUCUUUUCAUACAGAGAUUAACUAGUGUCUGUAGAGAAAAUGGUCUUUCCAGACCCAUUCUUUUGGGCAGUUCUAUAAAUGCAGAUUGAUAAUGGAGUUAUUUCUGCAUUUUAAAAAGGGGAUUUUUUUUACACUGUUUCUUUCUAUCCAAAGAAACUAUUUUUUUCUUUAAAAAAACUAUAAUCCAGCCAUGCUCCUUGUAAAUUAUUUCUCUGAAGCGUCCUCCCAGAGGCCAAGUGUACUUUCUCGAUAAUGAUAUGAUUUGUAAUGAUGAUUGGCAUGAACCGUACUUGAAGCGUUUGUUGUAUAGUCCACUUCUUGAUGUGCAGAGAAACUUUGAGUCAUUUUGGAUGUUAGGUGACUGAUGAACUGUGUACUUUCAGUUGUGUUUUGUUUUUAACUUUAUAGCUGGAAAGGGGAGGGUAAUGUUUAUAUGGAAAUGUUACAAAUUCUUUAAAUAUUUUAAAAUUUCAAACUGCUAACUCACACCUUCUGAUCAAACCAGAAAUUUAUAUGGUUUAAUAUAGCUGUGCCGUUUAACUAGAAGCGUAUAUGUAAUUUGGGCCAUUUUUAUUUCUGUUACUAAAUUGUGGGGGCAAAACCUAUGAUUUGCCAAUGUAAAAUUGUUUUCCCUUAAGUUACUAACCAAAAAACUAAGAGAAAAAAUGGCCAAACAAAAGGGAUAAUAAGAAGGGCAGCUAUCACAUGAUAAACUUUAGACUUGAAAAUUAGGUAGUAAAGUUAAUGUCUUCAGAAUAUCUUAAAAUGUAAGUUUGUAAAUUGAUAAAAUUCAGAAAAACCCAUCUACUACUCAAGAUAGCAAAAUAAGUUUUUCACAAAAUUCAGAGUGAGAGUCACGUUGAUUUUUUUUUUUUUGAAGUACUCUUGCUCUCGUCUAAUCUUUAAAUACAGAAAUAAAAAGAUCCCUUUGAA